UGCUCCUGCUGCUAGUAUAUCAGUACUAGCUGGACCCUUGCCCCUCCCCCUCAUCUCGCCACUGCUCGAUCCGGCGACUGCCACCAGCAGCAGUCUCAGCUCCCAACUCACCGACGGAGGCCAUGGCGCGGGAGCAGGCGCUGCUCUCGACGGAGAUCGUGAACCGCGGCGUGGAGCCGUCGGGGCCGGACGCCGGGUCGCCGACGUUCUCGGUGCGCGUGCGCCGCCGUCUGCCGGACUUUCUGCAGUCGGUGAACCUCAAGUACGUGCGGCUGGGGUACCACUACCUCAUCAGCCACGGCGUGUACCUGGCGACCAUCCCGGUCAUCGUGCUGGUGUGCGGCGCCGAGGUGGGCAGCCUCAGCCGGGACGAGCUGUGGAACAAGGUGUGGGGGGAGGCCACCUAUGACCUCGCCACCGUGCUCGCCUUCCUCGCCGUCCUCGCCUUCACCAUCUCCGUCUACAUCAUGUCCAGGCCCAGGCCCGUCUACCUCAUCGAUUUCGCCUGCUACAAGCCCGCCGACGAGCUCAAGGUGUCCAAGGCGGAGUUCAUCGACCUGGCUCGCAAGUCGGGCAAGUUCGACGAGGACAGCCUGGCGUUCCAGUCUCGGCUACUCGCCAAGUCCGGCAUCGGCGACGAGUCCUACAUGCCGCGCUGCGUCUUCGAGCCCAACGUCAACUGCGCCACCAUGAAGGAGGGCCGCGCGGAGGCGUCCACGGCCAUGUUCGCCGCCCUGGACGAGCUCUUCGACAAGUGCCGCGUCCGUCCCAAGGACGUGGGCGUGCUGGUCGUCAACUGCAGUCUCUUCAACCCGACCCCGUCGCUGUCGGCCAUGAUCGUGAACCACUACAAGAUGCGCGGGAACAUCCUGAGCUACAACCUCGGCGGCAUGGGGUGCAGCGCGGGCGUCAUCGCCAUCGACCUUGCACGCGACAUGCUGCAGGCGAGCGGCGCGGGGCUCGCCGUCGUGGUGAGCACGGAGGCGGUCUCCUUCACGUGGUACCCCGGGAAGCGGCGGUCGAUGCUGAUCCCGAACGCCUUCUUCCGCGCGGGUUGCGCGGCGGUGCUGCUCUCGAACCGGCGGCGCGACUUCCACCGCGCCAAGUACCAGCUGGAGCACGUGGUGCGCACGCACAAGGGCGCCGACGACCGGGCGUUCCGGUCCGUGUACCAGGAGGAGGACGAGCAGCGGAUCAAGGGCCUGUCCAUCAGCCGCGACCUGCUGGAGGUGGGCGGGCACGCGCUCAAGACCAACAUCACCACGCUGGGGCCCCUGGUGCUGCCCUUCUCGGAGCAGCUGCUUUUCUUCGCCGGGGUGCUGUUCCGCCACCUGUUCCCGUCCAAGACCUCCACACCGCCGCCGGCGACGACACCCGGGGACGCCUCCGCCGCGGCCCCCUACAUCCCGGACUUCAAGCGCGCGUUCGAGCACUUCUGCAUGCACGCGGCGAGCCGCGACGUGCUGGAGCACCUGCAGAGCAACCUGGGCCUGCGCGACGGCGACCUGGAGGCCUCCCGCGCGGCGCUGCACCGCUUCGGCAACACCUCCAGCAGCAGCAUCUGGUACGAGCUGGCGUACCUGGAGGCCAAGGGCCGCGUCCGCAGGGGCGACCGCGUGUGGCAGCUCGCCUUCGGGUCCGGGUUCAAGUGCAACAGCGCCGUGUGGCGCGCCGUCCGACGCGUGCGCCGCCCGUCGCGCAGCCCCUGGCUCGACUGCGUCGACCAGUACCCGGCGCGCAUGGACGCCUAGUAAGUUGAUGAUGGUGGUCUCUGUCUAAUCUGUCGCGUGCGCCCUGCGCUGCCUGCCUUUAAUUAUAUGCUACCGAUGAUCCAUGGAUGGAAUAGGACGCGAUCGAUCUGCAUGCGUGUAACUUUGGUUUGUGUUGCUUGUUUAGCGGUUUAAGGGAGAGAGAAGAGACACUAGUACCAUAAUGGAUGCGCCUGCGUGCGCGCCGUGGAAGUGCUUCUAGGUUUUAUUUGGUUUUUGCUAUAACUUUUCAGCCCUCCUGUUUAUUCUUCUCCUUUUAUGCAUAAUAUAGACGUUAAUGUUUCAAAUUA